AUGCCAAAACUGGCUAGACAAAAACGUCAUACACGUCAAUUGAAUUAUAGAAGAUCCAUAGAAAGUGGAGAUAUUGAUGAUAUUAAUUUUUCGAAUGGAUCUGUAUUAAAUGAUAUCAGUGAUCUUCUCACGUUUUGUAAAGAACAAAUUAACCCUCGUUUCAUCAGCGUACUUAUAUAUAUGUCUUUACGGCAUCUUGGUCAUACAUGGAGAGACGUCGACUCAUUUUUAACAUCAAUUGGUUGUACUACUAUAAAAACGUGUCACAAAUGGACCAAUAUUUUAGUGAACAAAGAUUUUAAUGAAUUCACAAUUGAUGAGAGAGGUGGGAAACGAGGUGAUUCGUUUUGGGAUUGUUAUCCAGAUUUAGAAUUAGAAGCAAAGCAAUUUGUUUAUCAAGAAUGUUCGAAAACAGAAGCAGCAUUUACCGUCGAAACGUUGGCAAGAUUUAUUGACCAACGUUUUUAUGAAUUAAAUAAUCUGAAGAAAAUCGAUCAACAAUUAGUAAGAUCAGUUGAAAGUUGUAGAUUAGACUUACGUCGAUUUGGUGUAAAAUUCACAGCAAAUUCAAGCCGGCCUUACUUUCUUGGACAUGAACGAGAAGAUGUGGUAAAACAUCGACAAGAAUUUGUCAAAUACUUUAUUGAGCGUGAACAACAUUUUUAUACAAUUACAAAUGAUGCUGUGCCACAGUGGAGAAUACCAACAACAGUACCAACAAUUUUGCUUUGCCAUGAUGAAAGUACAUACAAAUGUGGAGAAAUUACAGCUAAACGAUGGAUUAUGCCUGAUAAUGCGCCGUUUUACAACAAAGGCAGAGGAAGAAGCAUAAUGUGUUCGGAUGUAUUAGUAAUGCAUACAAGUGGACCAUUCUUUUCGUUAACCGAAAAAGAGUAUUCAGAGGCCUUGAAAACAUAUCCGAAUUAA